AUGCCGCUCUGUCUCACCUUCAUCGACUUAAAGAAGGCCUUCGACUCAGUUGAGACGGAAGCGGUCGUGGAAGCCUUGGACAACCAAGGCGUCCCUACUCAGUACAUAAAGGUUGAUGGUCGGCAGCUACCCCAUUUGCGCUUUGCUGAUGACAUCGUACUGGUAACACCUAGCAUCAGCCAAGCGGAACGAAUGCUGACCGAAUUCGACGAAACAUGUGGAUGCAUCGGUCUUCAGCUGAAUCUACAAAAGACGAUGUUCAUGCGCAACGGAUGCGUCUCGGAUGCCCCAUUCAUGCUCAAUGGAACGAACAUAUCCGAAUGCACCAGCUACGUUUAUCUGGGUCGGGAAUUGAACAUGAUGAAUGACCUCACCCCCGAACUGGGCAGGAGGAGACGAGCGGCUUGGGGAGCGUACAAGAAAAUCGAGGAUGUAGUGAAGAAGACCAGGAACACUUGGCUCCGUGCUCACCUCUUCAACACCACCGUACUUCCUGUUUUGACCUAUGCUUCGGAAACCUGGGCAUUUCGCAAGCAGGAAGAAAACGCGGUGAGCGUCAUUGAACGCGCAAUUGAGAGAGUGCUAGGAGUAUCCCGUUUCACGCAAGUCAGGGACGGGAUUCAAAGUUCUCUCCUACGUCAGCGAUCGAAGAUUAGAGACGUCGCCGCGUUUGCCAAGGAAAGUAAAAUAAGGUGGGCCGGACACGUGAUGCGCUUUAACGACAACCGUUGGACCAGAGCCGUGAGCGACUGGGUUCCCCGCAAUAUUAAGCGCACUAGAGGAAGACCGCCGACCCGAUGGUCAGCGCGAAAGGAGGAACCACUGGGCUACUCUGGAACGCGAUCGGGACAAAUGGAAGAAUUACUGGCGCCCCCUCGACCAGUUCGAAGAUCAACGAGAGUCGAGGUGAUCGAGUUGAUUAGAAGCAUCAGCAAUAUCAUUGCUAAUUUCGUGGAAUCCAUCUAA